UCAGACAGAGCCGUACUCCAUUAUUUGCCGCGAUAUUGUCCAAAGGUUCAAUAAAACAAUAAACAACAAGCAGGUACAUUACAGUUAGUUCAGCAAGAAAGAGACGGACAAUGGAUGCAAUUCAGAGACUGAAGACCGAUUACCCGUGGAUCCAAACUCCCCUCGUAAUAGGAGCGCCCAUGCGCCUCAUCGCCCUCGCAGACCUCGCCGUCGCCAUCUCCCAAGCAGGCGGCAUCGGCUUCAUCGGCGCCGGCACAGACGUCUCAGACCUGGACUCCUACCUCUCUCACGCCACCCAGCUGCUCGCCCCCGCCCCCCUCGCGUCCCGCAGCGCCACGCUGCCUGUCGGCGUGGGCUUCAUCAACUGGGGCGCCGACCUGGCGCGCGCGCUACCCGUCGUCGCAAAGCACCAGCCCGCGGCGGUGUGGUUCUUCGCGCCGUCGAGCAUUGCGGCGCUGGAGGAAUGGACGCGCAAGUUCAGGGCCGCGAGUCCGCACUCGAGGAUCUGGGUGCAGGUUGGGAGUGUGCGGGAAGCGAGCGAGGUGGUGAGUGCGGUGCGCCCGGAUGUGCUGGUCGUGCAGGGUACGGAUGCAGGGGGUCACGGGUUGGCGCAGGGCGCGGGGCUGAUGUCGCUGCUGCCGGAGGUUAGUGAUGCGGUGGCGGCUCAGGGAGAGGAGGCGCCGGUGUUGGUAGCAGCGGGGGGUAUUGUGGAGGGUAGGGGUGCUGCGGCAGCUCUGAUGCUGGGCGCAAGUGGGGUGGUUAUGGGUACGCGGUUUUUGGCGGCGAGUGAGGCUAAUAUCGCGAAGGGCUAUCAGGAUGAGGUUCUUCGCGCGAGGGAUGGAGGGCAGUCGACGGUGAGGACGAAGGUGUGGGAUAAUGCGCGCGGUACGACGGGAUGGGCGGGGACGCACAAUGGGAGGGGAAUCGUUAACAAGACGUACACAGAUGCCAUGAGUGGCAUGGAGGAAAGUGAAAAUAAGAAGCUGUAUGAGGCGGAUAUGAAGAGAGGAGACGAAGGGUGGGGGGUCGAAGCAAGGUUGUGUACUUAUGCAGGAAGUGCCGUAGGUUUAGUGCGAGAGGUCAAGGGUGCGGGUGAGAUUGUGAAGGAGGUCAGAGACGCUUUGAGGAGACUGAUAGAAGGUGCUUCGUUCAGAGUGUAGUAUUGAACGAAAAUCAUUCUUGAAGUCCUCCUGGUGUGAUCCAUGGCACUGCAGGUAUUAAGUGGAUAGACGAUUGCAUGACAUAAAGAAAGCUAAACGCGGAUCAUCACUUACUGCCUCGAAUCAAAGCCUUCUUAU